CGGUGCUUCCGACAUUAGCUCCCGAAGCCCCGCCAUCCCCCGGCUUGGCUCUCUCCCCGACUCCAGCGCGGGAACAUCGCGGCGCGGUGCUUACGGCCCCUCGGCUUGGAGAGAAGCCCGCCUGCCCGUUCUGCCAGGAUGGGGCUGCAGCUCGGCAAAACGCGCGCCGCGCCUCUGGCUCUGGCUCUGCUGGGCCUUUGCUUCGCUAUGGCGGUCAAGUCGGUGCCCCUCGCCGAUGCUGGACCGCACGUCAACUACGGCUGGGGGGAACCUAUCCGGUUCAGGCACCUUUACACGGCCAGCCGGCACGGGCUGUUCAGCUAUUUCCUGAGGAUCCACGACGACGGCCGAGUGGACGGCGCUGCUAGUCAGAGUCGACACAGUUUGCUGGAGAUCCGAGCAGUAGCGCUUCGCACUGUGGCUAUCAAGGGCGUGCACAGCUCUCGCUACCUGUGUAUGGAAGAAGAAGGCAGGCUGCACGGGCUGCUAAUAUAUACUACAGAGGAUUGCUCCUUUGAAGAGGAGAUACGUCCAGAUGGCUACAACAUCUACAAGUCAAAGAAAUAUGGAAUAUUGGUGUCCUUAAGUAAUGCCAGGCAAAGACAACAAUACAAAGGAAAAGACUUUCUUCCACUGUCUCAUUUCCUACCUAUGAUGAACACUGUACCAUUGGAAACUACAGGUUUUGGAGAAUAUGGUAAUUCCAGGCAGUAUUUGGAAUCUGGUAUUUUCAAUCAACCAGUUGAAACUGACAGCAUGGAUCCCUUUGGUAUCACUUCUGAAGUAUCAUUAGUACAAAGUCCUAGUUUUGGUUAGUAACUUGGGUUCCUUUGAUUAGACUUUAUAGAGGUGGUAUCAAGAGGUUAGGAUUAUAUUUCUUGAAGUGGUACUUAAAACAUGAAAAACAUGUAUAGAUCUGGUACCACCUUAAGCAAUACUAAUUCCAAGAAAGCUACAUUCACUCACUCUUUGUCUCUCACACGCAAAGUACUUAGAAAAGUUCUUACUAAAAGUUUUAUUUAGGAAUGACAAAAAUUCAAAGCCUACAGAAUUUCUUUUGCUUUGGAAGAUCUUUGGAAAGAAAAACCCAUGGAAAUUUUACUUUACUGCUUCAUUGCUUCCAAUUACCUCUGUCUCAGUGACUGCUGUUCAUUCAAAGAAUGGAUAAUUCCUGUUCAGUGUAGUUAAACAGAACAGUGUUAGAAAUAAAUUGGCAACAACUAGGUAAACAAAAAGGGCUAACACAUUUUGAUGCAUGCUAGAUCUCACUAUAUUUUGUAGACUUCUGCUGUUGUUUUUAAGGAAAUUAGCUAUUGGAAGGUAAUUAUCUUUAUUAAGCUGCCUGAUACAGACUUGAGGUAAUAUAAACUCCAAUUAAUAGGAGAAAUUAAAUAAUAGGACUGUAAUGUUUUAUUAGCAAGACAAUGUUGUUGCUAAAUGCUAAUUUAGUUUGUUGCUAAAUGCUAAGACUUUCCAGUGAUGUGAGUUUCUUCAUCAAAGAGAACAAAUGCAACUGCCUGAAGAGCUAAAUUUUUGAAAGAACAAAAGUGGUUAGGCUGCUAUCUGGGAAAACAAGCAAAAAGAGAUGCAGCUAAAUACUUCUGAUUUCUCUGUAGAUUGACUAACUAAAUGUUCGCUUACUGAACAAUGCUGUAAAACUAAGACGUGUGCUUCUUUAGCCAUGCCAUAUACAAAAUCUAUAUUUAGUUUGAAUCAUUCAUUUAUAGAUAGGGUAACUUUGUCCAGACUGUCUACCACAGAAUACUAUUUUUCUCAAUGAAAGUAAAAUUAAUUCUCAACAAAUACAGCCAACCACAUUUCCCCCUAACCUGUUACUUUCCUGAUGUGCUGUGAUUAAAAUUCCCAGAGUUCUCAGCCAUUGACUAAUCAUCUCAACAGCUCUAGGCGGGGGAAGGCCGGCUGAAUAGAUGAAAGCUGCCAUUUACUGUAGGAAAUGUUUUGGAUAUAGCCCAGUUUGUUUUAAAUUCCAAUUGAAUAUGAUACAAUAUCAUCCACAUUAAAGUUAGCAGUAUUUAAUACACAUUUUCUGUAUAACGACUUAUAAGAUUAACAUUUCAAUAAUUACAUGGUGGAAAUUUGAAAUAAACUUUGGAACAUUAUUCUUUUUAAAAAGUUCUUGUAUAUAGUACUAAGGCUGUACAGAAGUCAGAAGGAAACAUUUUCUUGAACUAGCACUUCAUAGCCAAUGCUCUAUUUAUGAUUAAUUUAUUAAACACAUACAUCUGUUUAUUUUGUUACUGUAUUUAUACUUAAAGGUAUAUUUAUGUAUUCCACUUUUGUCUUUUUUAACACUGGAUAAAAUGUAGUGGAUUUUUGUAAUCUUAAA